GCCUGUUUUAUCCCCCCCCCCCCCGUUUUCAAAAUUCCGUUAUUCGCGAUGAAUCGGUUUCGCAAAGCCAAGAAGGAAAAGGUGAAAGAAGUGAAGGAGACCAAGGAGGUCAAGGAGGUCAGGGAAGAGACCGAGCCUGCUGCGGAGAAUCCAUUCACACUCCUCGGGUCCAUGUCGUCAAAGAAGAAAAAGGAAGAACCCGAGGAGGAAAAACCUGACCUCGAUCUAUCUGCUGCCCUGCCUUCCUCCGACGACUUCCGUACUAGUUUGUUGAUGCCCAAAUUAUCCGCGCGGUUUAGUAUGUUGAGAGAGCAAGACGAUCCCGCCUCAAUGAUCGGCAAGGCAAGCGACGACAGUGUUUUGUUUCCCAAGCGCGCCUCUCGAUUGAAUCUCUUUGGCCAUAACCCAGGCUUUCUUAAGGAUAUCGAUGAAGUCUCCAUGGACGGCAGUCGACCAUCGUUUGCCCUCAACCGGGCAGACUCUUACGUUUCCAGUGCAGACGGUGGAUAUGGCACCGACGACGAUCGCUCACAAGCUGGUAGCAUGAUGAGCAGGGGCCGUCGAACGGAGGGAAAUAAUCUGUUUGGUGGACGCCAGAAGGUUUACAAAAUCCCCGCGAACUUGCCGUCAAACCCUGAUUCGGGGCGUUCGGGCAUGGGGGGUCGUGCUCUUUAUGACCAUGACGUGAAUAUGUCGGCUUUUCAACGCUUGAGGCGCAAGGAAAAGGAAGAGCGUGCAGCGGCAGAGGAAACCGCGCUUGACUCUCCUACCCAAGAAUCCGAAGAUGGCCUGUCGCGAUUCUCCUCCGCCAACCGUACUACUUAUUCUUCAACCAUGUCGGGCCCUACCGCCAAUGCCCGCACAUCGACAGCAGCGACCUCCGUCGAUGAACAAUUCGCACCCCCUCAGACACAGACACCCUCCCUGGGCCAGAACCUUUCGCCCAAACCCUCAUUGUCCAACAUGGCACCUGAACGCGGCUCGGCCAGAUCCCGACGUUUGUAUGGCCAAGGAUUGGCGCAGUCUGUCCAGAACCAGCAGAAUUCGACAUUGCACAGAUUGGAGAGUCUAAGCCGCCAACGAGCGGGGACCCCUGAAUUACCUCAGCUCAACCGUACCUACUCGCGAAGUGCGACCAAUCUGCGCGACAGACUGCAGAAACUUGCUAUUGCUGAACCAGGGACCACGUCUCGGCCGACCAGUCCUCCGCCAUCGGCGAGUUCUCCCAACCAAGUAACCAUGGAAAGCGAAGCCAAGGGUUCCAAGCUGUCUCCCGGCCAUGGGGCCCCGCCGUUGAGCCCGCCUAUCAGUGAAAAUGAAGAGGGGGCGGCAUUGGCAGCAGCUUUGCAGCCAGAAGACCACGGGAAAGCUACGGCUAUGGGUCUGUUCAAUAAGCCUCGGACCCAGUUUAACGAAAGCCAGUUCACUCGUCGUCAGCUACAGAUGCACCAAGACCAGGGCAGAAGCACGCCUCCAUUGAGUCGCCCUUCGCCACCUCCAAACCGGCCGACCUUCCAGGAACGCUCCAGAGGUUUCUCCGACGCAAGCUACCGCUCGAGAACCAAUUCCGCUUCAUCGCACUACAGCGAAGCCCAGCGCACCGUCGACUACUUCAGCCUGAACGCCUCCCCUGCAAGGGCGGCUAAUGGUACUUUCUUUGCCACCUCCAGCGCUAGCGAGUCUGGAGACGACGACCGCGACUCGCGCGACAUUUCACUUUCCAUGAAUGGCAUCCACCCUGCACUUCGCGAUAACCACUCUACUCCAUCGAGUCUCACCGAAGAGCCCGAAGAAAAAGAAAAUCCGUUGCCCGAAGUCCGUUACUCUGAUCUUGGGGAUCUCAAGCCAAUAGCGGAAACUGAAAGUGUGGAGCACACCGACGUUCCCGAUGUCAAAGAGCCUAUCCCGGAAAAGCCCGACUCUCCUACCUUGGGACCAUCCGGUCUGGGUCUCAGCGGAUUGGUGCGUACUCACUUGCGACACAACAGUGAUAGAUCCUCCAUUUUCCUGCCACCUUCCCCUUCUUUCCCACCUCAGCAGCCAGAUGCGCACCCAGCCAACUCGACUAUGGAACCCGAAGCAUCCAGCCACGGCGGCGAGACAACACCAUCGGCUGGGGAGAGUGCAAGGACCUCGGAGGAUCUGGCUUUCCAGGAGGAAAUCAAGUUCGGUCAUCGACGUGAGGCAAGCACUGAGACUCAAAAGGAGCGUGAAGACUUCGAGAGGGAGCUCGCUGAGCGACGAAGAAAAGUGCAGGAGAAGCUCAAGGGCUUCGCUGAAAGCGAAAGCAGGUCAGGGAGCCCUGUUCCCGGCAACCACACCCCGGAAUUUCCCCACACGAAGCCUGGAAACGCAUUUGCCCUGCUGAAGAACAAGUCCGGCAAGAACAACCUGCAUAAGCCUGAGCAGAAGAACGGGAAGGUCCUUGGGCUUGGAAAUUCCUCCACGCCCGCCCUGGUUCCGGAUGACCCCUGGCACGAGGAGGAAGAAAUCAUGCCUUUCAACCUUGGAAAACACUCGAACUCUAGCUCCCCGCAGAUUGCCCCAGAGAAGACUUCGAUGCGUUCCAGGCUCGCAAGUAUCACUCGUGGCAGCAACGAUGAUUCUCGUGAGUCCAGUCGCAGCCGCGGGGCAUCUCCCCAUACAAGCUUCAGGCGCAGAGAUCGGUCUGGCUCGGAUGCAUCUGCAUCUGGUCGCUCCAAGAGCCGCAACAGGUACCGGGAGAAGGACCAUCUGGGAGCAUUGGACGAAGGUGCUGCCGUGUCCCAUGAAACAUUUGUAUUCCCUGAUUUCAACGAAACUCGGGGCGCCGCAUCGGUGCCUGCGUCCACCCGCCCAUCAAUGGAGGCUAGCGAGUCAGGCGUCUACGAUCGUUCAUCAUCUGCAUCUGGAAGGCUUCGCAGCGGCAGCCGAUCCGCAACAUCAAGUUACCAUGAUAAACCACCGUGCCCUCAACAACCCGCAAACCCUCCCCCUGUGAUCGGAGAACUGCCCAGGCCUUCACCCAUCGCUCCUUAUUCUGCCAAUGCGACUCCACCAUUGUAUGAAAUCUCACCUGAGCCGUCGACCACCCCGACUCCUACCUUUGCGGCCGCUGCAAGCCAUGUUGUACCCCAGCGGGCUCCGGGACACCAUGCUCUCCCGAAGAGACCAGUCAACAAGCUGCAAAUUUCCGAGCCAACAUUUUUGUCCUGCACAUCGAACGUGCCGACAGUUGGACUUCCUCCCGGGGCAAGCCUGAGCAAUGGCAUGGAGACACCCCCGAUUCCUCCCAUGAACCCUCGCCGACGGCGCCAAACCACUACACAGACAAUCAUAAGCACCCUCAAGGGCGGAAAACAUGAUUCGUAUUACUCCCACACCUCCGAUCAAGCCUCUACUGCAGAGCAGAGCUCAUUUGAGGAUGAGAGCGACAGAAGACCAAAGUCAAGGGCUAGGCUCCGCAAAACCUCCAGUGAAGGGGGCAGCCUGAACGCAAGAGCUCGUCAAGAGAUCAUGGCAAGCCCACCACCGGGUCUUCCACCAAACCCUCCCCAGAAUAUCCGCAUAGAAGAAGGAGGGAUGUUCUGAUUCUUUCAUUCUUUACUUUGGGUGCAUUUUCUUUUUAUCUCUUUUUUUCCAACCUUCCUUUUUCACGCUUGAUACCUAAAUUUCCUUUUUGUUUGAUUAUACCUCGACGAUGAUAUACCAUUUGCAUUUCUUGUUGAGCGGGUGGGAUUUCUUUGUUGGUGUAAAGUCUUUCCUUUCGACUUUCUUUUCUUUUUUCUUUCUCUAUCUUCUGAAAAUCUUCACUUCUUGCCUGAAUUACUAGGUUAGAUUCUUGGAUGUGUAUUACCAUCUGUCUACUAUUUUAGAUAACCAUCAAUUCCACGCGG